CACAAGGUAUAAAUCAACUCCACCAUCUUCAAGCACGCUGCACAGACCACCCCUAUCUGCCGUGGAUGAGGACCCGCCCAAACGCCAAACGCAUCCGUACCCCAACAGAACUACAUCCUCGGUCGCAGGCAACACCCUGUUCAGAAACGCGUGAGUCGCGGGUUGUGACACCGACCACACCACAGGGUGCUCAGGGCAGCAGCGACAUACGCCAUGAAACACGCAUGAAGCAUCACAGCGCAGGACACACGCAAACGAUCCCUUCAGGACUUCCGCCCCCGACCGCCAAACAGGAAGUGACUGCGACAGGAACGAUGCCACCAAACACUUCCGGCGUGUCUAAACAAUACAAGCGCCACGAAACGCCGCGAAUGCCGCGAAACACUGCCGCACACAUCACGACUGGCGCAGGACCACGUCAUCGAUAUCCGGCGCAGGACUACGUCAUCGAUUACCACAGGGCAGUAGCAACUGACUUCCGUAGAGCAUAUGUAAUCCAUCUUGUUCAGGUUCAGAAAGACGAGCGGCAUCGAACGGACACGACCGCACCACCGACCGAGGCAGGACCGCUCCAAUGAGCACGUAAAGGACCAUCGCCAUCGGCGUUGGCCGGACGCGGACAUUCGAAGGCGACAUGACAUGCAUCAACAACGAUAACAUGAACAUGGGUUAUUCAC